CAAUUACUACCGCUCCUCGGCGUUUUAGGACGAAAGCAAUAGACCUCGAAGCUGGUCGUCUCUUCGCUCACAAUAGGUCCAAGGCAACGUGACCUAGGGCGACAGACAUCGCCGCCGCCGCCGCCGGCCUCUUGUCCGUCUUUCAACGCGAAGGGUAUCGAGCCCGUCACGUGACGUUCCCAAGGGACGCACGCACCGACCACCAACAAGGGCAACGUUCUCUCCGCCGCCGGCGCCGCUCGAUUUUCAUCUCCAUCUCUCCUCAGCUGCUCCUUCUCCGUUCUUACAGAGGCCAGUCGUGCGUCUUGGAAACCACCAUGUCGGGUUACGGAUCGCUGGGCGGCGGGUCGGGGCCGGGCGACUCGCUCGUGGAUCGGGUGCAGGACGCCAUCUUUGCCCUGACCUCGUCGAUGCCGUGCACGAGGCUGGGCGACCUGUGCAACAGCCUGGUCGGCGCUGGAGGCGCGCAUGGAGGCGGCGAGCGGGGCGCGGGCAGCGCAGCGAGCAGCAACAUCAAGCUCAACGGGCGCAACGUACAGAUUGUCAAGCUCCUGGGUGAAGGCGGCUUCAGCUUCGUCUACCUGGCACGGGAUCGUGAGAGUGGACGAGAGUUUGCAUUGAAAAAGAUUCGCUGCCCGGCCGGGUCAGAUGCUUUGCCGCUGGCACUUGCCGAGAUGGAGUCACAUAGGCGCUUCAAGUCGCCCUACAUCAUGCCGCUGCUCGACUCAGCUGUGAUUCAGGACACAGACGGCAAGACGGUGUAUCUCUUUCUGCCUUUCCAUCCAAUGGGCAACGUGCAGGAUCAGGUCAACAAGAACGUCGUGCUCGGCAGGCGGUGGGCAGAGCGAGAGAUGCUACAAGUGUUCAAGGGAGCCUGCCUGGGGGUCAAGGAGAUGCAUCGGUAUAAGCUGCCCACCGUGGGUGCGAGUAGAGGAGGUGCUGCUGCUGGGCCAAGCAUGACGACUGGUCUCAACCCGCACGAUGGUGAAACGCACGGCGAGACGCAGGGAGAGGGGGGCCAGUCUGGGGAUCAGGCGCCUCUCAUUGGAGGGCAAGCACAUACGGGUGGCGAUGGCGAUGGCGUCCUCUUUGAUCACGGCGAUGAAGAGGACGACGACGAAGAGCAAGACGACGGCCACGAGGGCACCUCCUACCCACCGAAGCCAAAGCGUAACCCAUUCGAGGACCGGCAACCGAGACCAUCUGGCGACGACCUGCAAGGUGCAAAGGGUGGCGAGACUGUGCCGUACGCCCACAGAGACAUCAAGCCAGGCAACGUCAUGAUUUCGCAUGCCUCAACAGACUCGGGCGACGCGACGCUGCACCCUGUGCUAAUGGACUUUGGGAGCACCUGCCGGGCGAGGAUCCACAUCCGAAGUAGAAGAGAGGCCAUUGCCGAGCAGGAUGUGGCCGCUGAGCGAUCGAGCAUGCCCUAUCGAGCCCCUGAGCUCUUUGACAUCAAGACUGACACACACCUCUCGGAAGCCGUCGACAUGUGGUCGCUUGGAUGCACGCUGUUCUGCAUGAUGUACAGCCACUCUCCCUUUGAGACACCCCAGAUCGUCGAGCAGGGAGGGAGCGUGGCCAUGGCCGUCAUGAAUGGCUCCUGGAAGUUCCCCGACGAGCGUGCAGAGGGCGGCGUCUAUAGCGAAGCAACAAAGGAGAUCGUCCGUCGCUGCCUCGUGCUCAAGCCAGAGGACCGCGCAGACAUCGAGGAGGUCCUCGAGCUCACCGAAAAGGCCAUCCGGGCAGUGUCAUGAUUCACACUCAGCAGGGGGAAUGGCAUCAACCGUGUGCUUCCUCUGCCCCUUUCUUUUACUUUUCUUCCUCUUCCAAGAUUUUGCUAUCUCCAAUGGACU